AUGCGUUCCGCUUCUUUUGCGUCGUCGGUCUCCGUGGUUGCGCUGCUGCAGUAUGCGUUCCUUGCGCUCGUGGCUUAUGUGCUUGCGGGCGCUCCGCUGCUGGAGAUGCUGAACGGCUGGGGUACGGGGUCGCAUUCAGAUUCGCACCCAGGGGGGAUGAGUCCGCAGAAGCUGGAUAGCUUGGUGGUUCCUGACGCGAAUUUGACGUGUAAGGAGCAUAAGCUCGGCGGCGUCCAUGUCCUCAGUCGCGAGCCGUUGGUGGUGUAUAUUGAGGGUUUCUUGGGUGUGGAGGAGGCGGAGGAGGUUGUGAGGUUGAGCACUCCGCUCUUCCAACCCGCCACCGUGUGGUCUGCAGGAGAAGAGCGCCUCGAUCCACGCGUCCGCCACUCGAGCAAAGCGGCAGUUCCGCGCUCGCGUACAGUGCGCUGCAUCGAGUCGCGUGCGCGCGCCUUCCAGGGAUGGCGCCCUUUCGUCUUUGUAGAGAAGCUGUGGGCCCAGCGAUACGGGCCGGACGGACAUUACACGUACCAUUACGACUGGAACAGCGCGAGCAGGAAGCAGGGCAGGGUGAGUAGCUUCAUGGUUUGGUUGGGCAGCGAGUGCACAGGCGGCGGAACGCAUUUCCCACGCAUCAAGAGGCCGGAGGGGAAAGAGUGGUGUACGUUUGUCGAGUGUGGGGACGAAGCAAAGGAGGGCGUGGUAUUCAAGCCGGUCAAGGGCAACGCUGUCUACUGGGAGAACCUCCGCCCAGAUGGGACAGGGUACGAUGAGAGUUGGCACGCGGCAUUACCGGUCCUGAGUGGCGAGAAGAUUGGCUUAAACAUCUGGAACUGGUUUCAGGAUGGUUAUGUUCCGCCAAAGGAAGAAGGAAAGGAGAUCGAGAUGAACUAA